CAAGCACUAACUGUCAGUACAGUGUAUACUGUUAUACGAGUUGUGUUAACGCAGUGUUUGACUGAAGUGUAAUGUUUUGGUUGACGUCUCGACGCGUUUUGUGGCAAUAAUUGUGUGAAUCAUUCGUUCAGUCAUUCAAUGCAAACACUGUUUUCAAUUCAUUAAUGUAUUUAUUAAUUCAAUAUUAAUGUUAACUUUGAUUACGACAUUCGCAGCCAAAACAGUGAUACAUAUUAUACCAGACAUACAGUCAUUCAUCUCAUUAUAAACUCGUUAUUAUUAUUAUAAUUAGUAUUGAAAUCCAGUAGUGAUUUGUGUCCACACUUUUGGUCAACACUUUUCACAACCGAUUCAUUGAAAACAAUACAAAAAACAGUGUUUUGUUUGAAUGGCUUAUCAAUGAAAAGCAUUCAUUCAGUCAUUUCUCAUUCAAUACUGUAUUAAAAGAGUCAAUUGAUGGCCGAUUUGGGGACACAAGUGGUAACCCUAUCGUCAUCCGGAAGUCAUUCAGCAAAUCAGCCGACAAUACGUUUGUCGCGAAACCUAUCGGUCGUCGACCACCGGUCGGCCAUUAGUCGGACGGCGACCGCCGCCGCUAUCAACGAAUCGGAACCACUGUUGCCGUCGGUGUCGCACGAAACACAUUAUGUGCCGCUCCUGACGGCCGCCGGCAACACAUCCGCGGCCGCUGUCGACCACCAGUGCGAUCACCAAACGCCCGGUGGUGUCGACCGGCAGUCGUCCUCCUCUUCGCGCACCAAUCAUUGCAUACUCAGCGGCGACAACACUAUCGCUGCGAUGACGGGCCCGUCGAUGGCGUCGACCACAACGGCCACAUUGCGGGCAACAGUGACCACAACGCUGACCGACUCACUCACGUCGAGCACGUCAUCGGCCAAAGAGCACCGCUCGGGACUCAUUCAGAUCCCAAUACCCGACAGUUUUAUGAGAAAAGGCGACAAAUUGGUGUCCAAUAAGGAGCCGAACUCUCUGUGGCGCUCGUUCUUAGCGUUUGUGUUUGUCUUCGCGAAUAUGACACUAAAUCUGACGGUUUUGGCCAUAAUUCACGAACGGGUGCCCCGAAGCCAACCACCGCUGCCCGACAUCUCGUUCGACGUCCUGCCGGCAGCCGAUUGGGCCCUUUCGGUGGCCGAGUAUAUCAUUGUUAUACAAGUGAUUGGUGUCGUUGUACUCAUAUUACUCCACAGAUAUCGUGUCAUAUUAUUUCGCCGAUUGUGUAUAAUAAUGGGUGUUUUGUAUUUAUUCCGCGCCAUAUGUAUGGCCUCAACGCAAGUACCCGUCGCUAACGUUAACUAUUACUGUUCACCACAAGUAAGAUAUUAU